UCCAAUAAACUAUUUCAUAAGUUUAUUGAUUAACAAGCAUUUUUUAAAUACUCUCUUUUGAUUAAAUAAUUACAAAUAAUGGAAAGAACGACAUCUCAAAUUCAACCUCCAACUUAUGGAGAUUUGAUCACUAUUCUUAGCAUUGAUGGAGGUGGCAUUCGAGGAAUUAUUCCAGCUACCAUCCUCAGUUUUCUUGAAUCCCAACUUCAGGAGUUGGAUGGAAAAGAUGCAAGACUUGCAGAUUAUUUUGACUUAAUUGCUGGUACGAGUACUGGUGGUCUAGUGACGGCGAUGCUAACGGCGCCGGACGAAAAUGGUCGUCCACUUUAUGCAGCCAAAGAUAUUACACCAUUUUAUUUGGAGCAUGGUCCAAAGAUUUUUCCACAAAAGAACUGUGGUUUGUUUACUCCAAUUGGGAAGAUGGCGAAAGCUCUAAUAGGACCAAAAUAUGAUGGCAAAUACCUACGUGAGAUCAUCAGGGAAAAAUUGAAAGAUUGUCGCCUUAGUAACACUAUCACUAAUGUUGUUAUUCCCACUUUUGAUAUCAAGAAGUUGCAACCAACCAUUUUCUCCACUUAUGAGACAAAACGAUCUGACUAUUAUGAUGCAAAAUUGUCCGACGUUUGUAUAAGUACUUCAGCAGCUCCUACUAUUCUUCCAGCUCAUUAUUUCAAAGUUGAAGAUGACAAAGGCAAUGUUAGAGAACAUAAUCUCAUUGAUGGCAGCGUUGCUGCAAAUAAUCCGGGUUUGGUUGCAAUAACAGAAAUAAGCAAAGAAAUUUUGAAGAAGAACAAAGAUUUCUUCCCAAUAAAACCUAUGGACUAUGGUCGUUUUCUUGUAAUAUCAAUAGGGACAGGAGCUGCAAAACGUGAACAAGAAUAUAAUUCAUCUUUGGCAGCCAAAUGGGGUAUCAUUAGUUGGUUGUUUCACAAAGGUUCCACACCUUUGUUUGAAAUAUUCACUCAAUCAAGUGCUGAUAUGAUUGAUUACCAUAAUUCUGUUGUUUUUCAAGCUCUUCGCAGUGAAGAUAGUUACCUCCGAAUUCAAGAGGAUAAACUAAAUAGAACAGAAGCCUCAGUGGAUGUGUCUACAAAGGAAAAUUUGGAGAGGCUUGUGGAAAUAGGGGAAAAUUUAUUGAAGAAACCACUUUCAAGGGUAAAUUUGGAGACAGGAUUAUCAGAACCAAUUCCUGAUGGAGGCACUAAUGAGAAGGCCCUUAAGAGGUUUGCAACAAUAUUGGCCAAUGAAAGAAGACUUCGUGAGCUAAGGUCUCCAGACUCUUCACUUAUUCAGAAAGCCUAGAAGUAAUUCAAUCAUUUAAGAAAAUUCUACAUAUAUAUAAAAUAUAUGAGAUUUAAGUAAUAUACAUUGGCAAUGUAAAUUUUCUAAUUAUAUUUUGUUCUUUGUAUAAAAGCCAUCUAAUUAGUUAUAAUAUUUUUUUUUAUUAAUCUAUUC